CUGUCCACAGCCCCCACAAUUUCUUCAAAUAAAAACUUUCAUUACACUCUCUCACUACUAUAUUUUACUCUCUCCAUUAAGUAUGGCAUUGAUUUCCUUCAUCAUUAGAAUGGCCUCCUUUUGGUUUCUCUUAUCAUUCAUUUUAUCUUUAAUCAUCUUCCCAUUUCUUUCUUCAUCUACUCCGCUCAAUUCACAAGAUUCAACUAUCCCAACUUCUCCAGCAUCCCUACAAAACUCUCCACCUCUGUCUCCUUUCCAGGAGUUGUCACCAGAUAUUGCUCCUCUUCUGCCUUCUCCUGGUGGUGUGUUACCUUCUCCAACCGUAUCAUCUUUGCCUACCAUUCCCUCCACCCAAAGCCCACCUAAUCCAGAUGAGUUGACUGCACCAGGCCCUGAUUCUGCAUUUUCACCACUAGUGUCAUUUCCAGCCUCCUCUGCAGCACCUGAAACCUUAGUGAACUUAGCUGCUGCUGUAGGGUGUAUACUAUUUUGGUCAUUUCAGCUUUUAAAAAUGUGAGUUAUUUGCUUCCUAAAACAUCCAGUGGCUGUACUAUGUUAGAGAAUUUCUCUAUUUCCAUGUUAAUUUUCCAUUAAUUAUAGUAUACAAUAUAAUGUACCUAGUAUUUGUUUGUCUACCGAUGAGUUGAAAGGUGUAUUGUGGUAAUAAACAUGAUUGUCCUAUUCUGUAUUCUGGGUAUUUGAGGAAGCUACAACCUCUUAACCUGAGUGCUAUUCUGCAGAACAUAGUGGUUCUUGCCUGCCAUGGUUGCUGCUCAUUGCAUACCUGCUGUGAGUUGCAGGUGAUGAGUGAGUGAGCACAUGGUUUUGAUUCACAUCAAAUAUCAGAACAAACCAUUUCUAUCACAAAAGCAUGUGACCCACAGCCAAAGCCCAUGUAUUAGGUGACAAUUUUGUUGACAAGUCUGUCACAUGUUAACUAAUCAUGCUUAAUAUAAUAGUGCUAUCAAGGUAAA